AUGUAUUGUUCGAAAGCCGAUGCCGAGCCUGGUUUCAACGCUUUCGGAACGGCUUCGACACGUACAAGUUGUAUCGACAACAGUCCACUCGCCGUCUAUAUUUCGCAUCCGUUCUGGAAUUGGUUUGUUAAUUUUUACCCCCGAUGGAUCGCUCCAAACGUGUUAACAUUGUCCGGCUGGGCGCUCGUGAUGGGAUGUUUUCUCCUUGAAACCGUUUUGGACUACGAUUUGACGAGAGGAAGUCUUGGCUCGACGAAUCCAUUACCGGCUUGGUUUUGGCUUCUCUGCGCGAUCUGCACUUUCUCGGCACACACCCUGGAUGGAACCGACGGGAAACAAGCGAGACGAAUCGGCGCAUCUGGACCAACUGGAGAAUUGUUCGAUCAUGGUCUCGAUUCUUGGUCAACGGUGCCCUUCACGAUCACCAUUUUCUCCGUUUUUGGUCAAGGCGAGUUCAGCAUUGCCAACGUUCGAUUGCUUCUCUCUUUGAUCAGCGUUCAACUCGUUUUCAUCGUCACCCAUUGGGAGAAAUACAACACCGGAGUGCUUUUCUUGUCAUGGGGCUACGAUGCAAGUCAAUAUGGCUUGGCCUUGAUCUAUUUGUGGACAUGGUAUGUCGGCUUUGAGUGGUACAAAUUCUACGUGAUCGGCACCUGGACUUUCGCCGAGGUCUUCGAGAUUGGAUUCUAUCUUUCUUGUGGUCUCUCGCUGGCGAUGUCCGGCUACAACAUGUGGCACAGCUACGCGGUUGACAAAACGGCGAAACAGGCGAACCUCUGGGAAGCGGUUCGUCCGAUGGUUCCCUGUGUGGUUCUCUUCCUCGGCUCGAUCUACUGGGCCGCCUAUUCACCGACUCAAGUCAUUCAAAAGGAUCCCCGAAUGUUCUUCUUCGCCAUGGGCACCGUCUUCAGCAAUAUUGCCUGUCGUCUCAUCAUCUCCCAAAUGGCGAACACUCAUUGCCAGAUCUACAAUUCCCUUCUUGCACUCUAUAUGCUCGCGACUUUUGCCGCUUUUCAACUACCGGACUUUGAAUUAACGAUUCUCCGAGUCUCCUGCUUGAUCAUCGUCGUCGCGCAUGUGCAUUACGGUGUUUGUGUGGUCCGUCAACUCUGUGCCCAUUUCGGGAUUCACGCGUUGGACGUGACGUAUUUGGAAAAGAAAAAUCGGAAAGAU